AUCGACGGGAGGCCUCUAUGUAUGAGCACCGAUUCUGAUGGGUGGCGCGAGCAGAUGAUUGCUCUUAUCGGUAUGGCUCCUACCGAGGCUGAGGAUGAUGUAGAGGAGGGAGAAGAGAAGAAGAAGAGGGAAAGGAAGGCAGCUGGAGCUGCUUUCACGUGGAUUCAAAAUAACUUUGCGACGUGCCCUCCGGAUGCAACUGAUGAUGUGAUCCAGACACAUGCUCAUGUGUAUAUGUGGUACAUUGUGUCAAGGAUUUUGUUUCCUAACUCCACUGGCAAGAACGCUCCAUGGAUGUGGCUGAAGGCGUUAACCGUCUUCGAUAGCAAAUGGAGCUGGGGUUCAGCGACUCUUGCCUACUUGUACCGACAGCUGGAUGAUGCGUGUUGCAGGAUCACACCUAGUGCAGGCAUUGGUGGUAAUCUGCUUCUAUUUUCUGUAUGGAGCUGGGAGCGUCUGCCUGUUGGACGCCCGAAGAGCGUCAGGUUUGAUCCUUGGUGGAAUGGCAGCCAUAUGGCGCGGGUGAGAGCUUGGGGUCAGAUAUGUGAUUUCUGCCGCCCAAUCCAGGACGUGGAGUUCCACUGA